GCGCUCUGACGUCAGCAGUCCUCGGCUGUCAAACAUGGAUCAGUGAUCAGUUGCAUCUUCCUCGCGACACACGCGCACAGGACGCAGCGCGUGCACAGCGCCUCACUCCACCAGGUUAUUCUCUCUGGAUGGAGCCGCAGAUCUGACGUCAUCACAACAGCUCACUUUGUCUUUUCGUCUGAAGAAAAUGUCUCGACCGCUGUCUCUCAGUGUCCUGUCCCCGCACGGAGUCCUGAGGUCUCUGCUGGAGACACCGGGGAGGCUGUCCCUGCGCCAUGAAGCUCUCAGCAAGGAGCAGGAGAAGGAGAAGAACCUGGAGGAGGAGCACAGCGCCCCCCAGUCAGCCUUCCUGGGCCCAACGCUGUGGGACAAGACUCUGCCCUACGAUGGAGACUCCUUCCAGCUGGAGUACAUGGACUUGGAGGAGUUUCUGUCGGAGAACGGCCUCCCCUCCAGCCCCACCCACUACCUCCACCACCAUCAAGACCAGCACAAACCACAGCCUACAUCACGCCACCAGCCAAUCACGCCCCCGGCCCCACCCACUCUGACGCCCUCAGUGAUGGACCUGAGCAGCCACGCCUCCAUAAAGGAGAGCCUCACCCCUCCCAACCGGCUCCACAGCAGCCCGACGAGAGCAGGCCUCCCAAACUCCAGAAACAGUCCGAGCCCCAUCGACCCAGAAUCCAUCCAGGUUCCCAGUGGCUACCAGCCCGACCCAGCAGACCUGGCUCUGUCCAGCGUCCCGGGUCAGGAGAUGUUCGACCCACGCAAACGCAAGUUCUCUGCCGAGGAGCUGAAACCGCAGCCGAUGAUCAAGAAAGCUCGGAAGGUCUUCAUGCCGGAGGACCUGAAGCAGGAUGACAAAUACUGGGCCAGCCGCAGGAAGAACAACUUUGCUGCGAAGCGGUCCCGGGUCGCUCGGCGGCUCAAAGAGAACCAGAUCGCCACCCGAGCCGGCUUCCUGGAAAAGGAGAACUGUGCUCUGAGGUGGGAGGUGGCCGACCUGAGGAAGGAGCUCGGACACACCAAGAGCAUCCUGUCCAAGUACAAGGGGCUGCACGGGCCACUCUGACCACACACAGAGCCCCGCCUCCUCCUGACCAACCCACUCAGUCACUUCCUGGCAGGCAGGCCAGUCCACCGACCAAUCAGAUAACUCCACCUGCUUUAAAUUAAAGGAAAAACAUCAACAAAUCACAUGAAAAGACUCAAACCAUCACUUCCUGUCUGAUUUGGUUCCUUAUUGGUUCCCACUGAGGACGCAAAUGAUUCUAAACAUCUCACACAGUUAGAAAAACACAACAAAACACUGUUUUAUCGCUCUGCACCAGUGACACCUAGUGGAGACACGGAGGCUUUCAGGUUGUUUGUCUCAUUAUCGUGAAUAUUUCUUCAAAUUUUGUCCAAAUGUUCAUUUAGUUCAGGGGUCGGCAGCCAUUUUGCUCGCUCUUCUACCAAAUACGAUUGGUCUGGAGCCGCGGGUUGCCGACCCCUGAUUGAGACUCAUGAGAGAAUUGAUUAGAUCUGUGUGGCUAAAGGUCCCAAGCAUGCACACACACACAUACGAGCCCCUGCAGGUGCCCCCCCACAGAGCCUCCCAUAAUGCACCUGUCCACGAUACAAACCCGUCACUUCCUCUUCCUGUUUGUGUAGACGUAAGACCUGGAGCUCGACCGACUUGGAAUCUUGGAACCCAUUUGUUAAAAAAAAUCUUUACAUAAACUUUAUAAGAACUAUAAAGAAAACACAAAUACAACCAAAUAUGUUUGAUUAUUGUAUUUUCUAAUACAUCAUAAAAUAUAUUUUAUGUAAAAUAUAAACAAAAUGCAUAUUUGUUGCAUUUUUAUUCUGUAAAAAAAGAUGUUUGAUUAUUGUGUCUGAAAUGUUUAUAUCAGAGGAUAACUUUCACGUUUAGAAACCAAUAGAACGUUCUCUUUGGCACAAACUUUAUUAUAACUUUUUUGUCAAGUGCAGCUCAGUGGGGAGAGCGCCCCCAGUGGCUGAGUGAAACAUGAAUGUAUAUUUGAAGCGUUGGUGUGGAACCACUUUAGUACUUUACUACCGAGCAAAAUUAAAUGGUAUAUAAAGGAUAGAUUGAUAUCAAAGAUUUAAAUGUUUAUUCAGAGAUAUUUUGUUUGUUUAAAGAAAUAUAUAUAUUCUGUCCUCCUGAAUGUUGUUAUUACACAUAUGACUAAUAAUUGAACGUUGGUCUAACCAGUCCGGGUCGUGCACUCCUCCCCUCCUCCCUCAGCUCACCUGUGUGUUUAUCUAUAGCUGAUUCUCUGGCUCCUCCCCCUCUUCUUCUUCAUCCCGUCAGCAACAGUCGCCUCAGAACACGUAGAAUCGAGUGUUAGUGGAGGAAUGAAACCUGAAUCCCUUCUUCUUCUUCUUCUUCUUCUUCUUCUUCUUCUGUUGGAUUUGUGUUUAAAUAUAUAUUUAAAAUGUUUAAAUAAAUAAAAACUUAAAUUCGUG